ACCACCAUCAUCUUGCUAGCUCUUGAAAAAGAAUACAGAGUGAAUGAGAAACGUAUCUUGCAUAAUCGUCGAUCACAAGAACCAUACAGAAAGCGAGGGUUUGCAAUUAAUGUAGUGUCAGAAGAAAUUAGAAAGUCACAUUCGAGAGCUGAUUAUGCAAUGGAAAGAGAAAAGGACGUGAUUGUAGUGGAGGAUGGGAAGGGGAAGAAGAAGAUGAUGAUGAUGACGACGGAAAGUGGAGCAAAUCAGGUGAUGGACGGUUCAGAUAUAAUGGAAUUAGUUGGAAACAAAGAAGUUUUCACCACCUUUGUCGACCAUAAGUUUCAAGAUCUCGAUAGGGAUCGUGACGGUCAUCUCUCUCUCAAAGAACUCCAGCCAGCCGUCGCUGAUAUCGGUGCUGCUCUUGGCUUACCUGCUACCGGUUCAUCUCCUGAUUCCGAUUAUAUCUAUUCCCAGAUUUUAAGCGAAUUUACUCAUGGAAAGCAUCAUCAGAAAGUGAGUAAAUCCGAAUUCAAGGCAGUUCUUUCAGAUAUUCUAUUAGGUAUGGCUACCGGUUUGAAGAGAGAUCCAAUUGUCAUUCUUCGUAUGGAUGGGGAAGAUCUGAUCGAGUUUGUUAACAACCCUGCUUUCGAAACUGAGAUGAUCCUCAUGUUAUCUGAUAUUAUUGAUGGGUCACUUCAAGAUUACGUUGUUAAUGCUCUCAAGAAGCUUACUGUUGCCCAGGGAAUGCCCCCUGUUCAUGAUUCCUGGGUAAUUGAUAAUAUUAUAGAACCUGUUCUUGAAUCUUGCAAAAUUGGGAAUCAGAAAGAGUUCUCCCAAGAAACAUUCAUGGAAGAAUUCAAGAAAGUGGUGGAAAGAAUUGGGCAAAUUCUCAAAGAGCAACCUGUGAUUGUUGCCCAUAGUGAAACUACCUUUGAUGGGAGUGAGAUCAAGAGGCUACUGUCAAACAAAUUUGAGUUGGAUAAGACGUUGGAGGAAUCGAUGAAGAGGGUGCCUAAAGAUAAACAUUUAAAGGUUUCUACAGAAUACAUAGGUCUUGCCCUUGACAUUGCUGCCCCAACUGCAGGCUUGCCACCAUUAGGCGCUGUGGAUGAAAUGGACAAAGUGAUAAAGGAAGUGUUGAAGAUGUUGAGUGUUGAUGAUGGGAAGAUGGUUAAAGAAGAUGAGAUGAAGAAGAUAUUGACACAAGUGCUUGGAAGUGUAAUGUUGCAACUGCAAGUGAAUCCAAUCUGUGUUUCUACGAGUUCAGUUGUUCAUGAACCCGUUGUCUCUGCUUCAAAUCUUUUGAAGCCAGUGUCACCAGAUAAUAAUUAGCUACUAUGUUAAUUUAAGUUUCAUGUACUGAUGGAAAAAUAACCAAAAGUGUGACUAUGUGCACUUCUUUAUAGCCUAACAAUGAAAAAUAAAGAUGAAACUUGGGUUUCUUCAUGUUU